AUGGACUCCGCUGUGGAGGAUUUAAUUCGUGCAAUGGAUAUCAAUAAGGCAAAGCAUGAUUCGGCAUCCCUUUGGCGAAAGAUACGUAACAUGAGAGAGGAAUCUCAAACAGUUGACGAGUUUUUAUUUAAAAGAGUAUUGCUUUGUUCUGCCAGAUGCGUACUGGCGAAGUUGGAAGAAAGUGGGGGGGCGGAGGAACAGUGGAUAGGGUACCUGGAUUUUUUCAUGGAGGCAGUGCGUUCUUUUGGUACGAGAUAUGCCGACCCUCUUCUUGGGACAUGUGAAGAAGUGUUUCACCUUGUGUUGGGAUACCCGGAAAAGCCGAGGGAUCUUUUUCAUGAGUAUUUAUUCUGCCUUUCAGCGCAGAGACAUCAGUGCAUGGGGAUGAACCCCAACUUGGCUGGCACAGCUCCGAAAUGCCCGAUGCUGGAGAAUAAAUCGACUGAAGUGGCUUUAGUUCCCGAGGUUCCACUCAACGAGGUGAGGCAAUACGUGAACGACCUCCCGCAGCGACUAACAUUUCCCUUGCAAAAUGGGGUGGUCCGUAUGCGUCUGGGAAAUCCGCUGCCCAUACCGGAUGUUGGUUAUGUUCGUGGUGGAUACAGAUGUGAUACAUGUUGUAUCUCCAAUAUUCAGGUAGCAUACCAAGCAAUGCUUUAUGACGACAUGGAUAAAGCAGGUGUUCGCAGUGCUGUACAUUUUCGGAAUUUAGCAAAUCGCGUCGGCUUUGAUAUGUGUGUGGCUUGUGCCGUAUAUUUUUAUCGUGACGCGGUCUUGAGAUUAUCACAGUUUCUUGGGGAUCACUCUAGAACAUUUCGGGUGGGUCCUGAUGCGGAUGUUCAGUUGCACUCAUUUUCAAGUGAGGGCAAUGUGGUUAAAUUCACCGUCUCCAUUUUACCUUGGGGAGCGCGGCCCAUUGUGUGGAUAGCUGAUAAGGAAGAAUAUAAUCCACCUGCUGCCUGGCGUUUGGCGGUGAAAAUUGAGAGCUGUAAUCAGUACGAUCCCUCUCGAAGGAAUGGCGGUAGUGAUGACGAUCAAUGCGCUAUUUGUCUACAGCUACUGGCCAAUGGAACGCCUGUUUUGGAGACACCUUGUAAACACUGUUUCCAUGUAGAUUGCGUUCAAGAAAUGCGUAGUAUGAUGGACGAUGAAUGCCCAUUCUGUCGUCGAGAAAAUGUUUUUACUAGUUGCGUUAAUUUGACAAGUCAGUUGAACAUGUACAAGGUGCAGGUUGACCUUCCGAAUGAAGCUAAAGAAAUUGUUUUGGCCGUGGGCUCGUUGUUGACGUCCGAUGGCGAAUACAAUAACCCCACUAACAUCGCGGCCUGUAGAUCUAUUCUUGUCAGGCAUUCCUGCAUCAUGGAUUUUGAGGCGGAAAGGAAAAAAAACUCUCCUGUUAGUUAG